AUUGUAUUUGCCAUGCGUACUGCGCACUUCCGGGGAGGUACUUCCGGAUAUGACUGCCAUGUGGUCGUUGUUUUGAUUGUUGACAUUCGUAUCAGGCGCUUGGCAAGUCAUUUCUUAUCAUGGGAAGAAAAAGAAAGCACGGUAGUUCACGGAAGACACAAGCGAUUCAUGAAGAGACCCAAGAUGCAGUUUUUAAAACUGCUCCUCACUCCUUCGUGUUUCACAGAGGGAAGGUGGGGGUGACAGUGAGAACAUUGAUACAAAACCUGAGGCAAGUCAUGGAGCCCUAUACAGCCAGAAAACUUCAGGUUCGUAAGAACAACGUUUUGAAGGACUUUGUGAAUGUGGCUGGUUUGUUGAACAUUUCUCACUUUCUAAUUCUCUCCAAAACGGACAAAUAUAUCCAGCUGAGAAUUGGUCGGGUUCCGAGGGGCCCCACAUUGACAUUUCAAGUGAGAGAGUUCUGUUUGAGCAAGGAUGUGUUAUCUGCGCAGAAGAAGCCAGAUUUAAGUGGGAAAGUGUUCGACCAUCAUCCGCUGUUAGUGAUGAAUGGAUUCACAGGCAAUGAGAAAAGCAUCCAGCUCAUAACAACGAUGUUCCAGAAUAUGUUCCCUUCCAUCAAUGUUAAUAAGGUAAAUUUGAAUCACAUCAAGAGGUGUGUGUUGGUGAGCUACGACCCUGAGACAAAACUCAUCGAUUUCCGGCACUAUACCAUCAGCCUGGCCCCAGUAGGGUUGACAAAAGGGGUCAAGAAACUGACGAAAACACAGCUUCCAGAUCUCAGCAAAUACAAUGAUAUCAGUGAAUUCAUUGAAAGGGGAGGUAACUUGUCUGAGAGUGAGGGUGAACAGGAUGGACCACACAAUGAAGUAACGCUACCACAGCAGAUACACGGCCGCGGGAACCUCAAGGCAGGACAGAGUGCAAUCAGAUUGAAGGAGAUUGGUCCACGGAUGACGCUGGAGCUGGUGAAAAUCGAGGAGGGGCUGUGUGAGGGAGCAGUCAUCCACCACAGCUUCAUCCACAAGACCCCCACAGACCUCCUGGCCGAUAAGAAGAAGAAGGAGCUCAAGUUAAAGUUGAAGCAGUCCCGGCAGACGAAGCAGAUGCAGAACGUGAAGAAAAAGGAGAAGCUGAAGGCAGAACACAAACAGCGAAGUCUGGAAGGGAUGAAGAGGAAACAUGAUUCAGAGCAGACGAAGGAAUCUGAUGAUGAGAGCGAUGAUGAUAUUGCUCAUUACCGGAGAGAGGUUGGAGCCAAUCCUGACAAAGAUCUGUUCCCCAGCAUGGGUAAAAAGAGGAAGAGGGUUGAUGGAUCUGAUGUUCCCACAAAGAAAGUGAGGAAGAAUCCUGGCAAGGAGGACAGCAAGCUGAAGCAGAAGAAACAAGCUCCCCCUGGGUUCAGCAAGAAGCAACAAGUGGCCAAACAGAAGAAGAAGAAGGAGAUGCAAAAGAAGAUGGGGACGAAGAAAGAGAGUCAGACGGGACGGAAGAAAAACAUGAUGCCAAGGAAAACAGGAUCAGGCGGGAAGACAAGCAUGGGGGCUGCGGGGAAGAAAAAAGGGAUGCCGAAGAAAAUGGGACCCAAGGGAAGCAAGGGGAAGGCUGGCUUCAAACCUAAACGGAAAACUGGAAGAUAACCAAUUCCAUUUGUGGGGAGGGGGGUUGUUAGCUUUUUUUUUUCAUGUGAAGAUGCAGGGAGAGAUAUUUAAGGGUUCAUUAAGUUUUUGAAAUAAGCUCUUCAAAUGAAGGAAUUGUUAAAAAUGUUAACAUUAGGGUCCUUUAAGGAGUCAGUUAAAAUAUAUUAGACAACAGUACUUGAUCAUCUUUCAUGCAAAAUAAUGUUCAAAUAUACACUGCAGUGUGUAUUGUGAGAAAUUGAAAUAAGAAUGAAGGACAUAUUGUGCCUGACAUUUCGGUGUCAGUCUUGUAUAAUUUGUGACUGAAUAAGGGCAUUGUAUGAUCUUCAUGACUGUCACUGAGUAAUCCCAGAUGUGUGACUACACCUGUCAUCACUGUCAUUGCCUCAUAAAUUGUUUGAUGGAAUAUAUGGAUAAGAAUAAAGUUUCUAUUUGUCACCUCAAAA